AUGAGUCGACGCAGUCGCAGUCCCCUCGCUCAUGCGUGCGAAAGCUCUCCGCUCAUGCCUCCUGGUAGCAUCUCACUUAAUUACAACUCAGACUCGGCUGUAUACGAUCGAAAGGAGGAGGAGAAUGGCAAGUGCUUGCGUCGUUUUUUUGAAGCCAGCAGUGACGAGGACGACGACAGCGACGAGCUUGAGGAUUUCAGCGACUUGGACCGUCAGUUUUCACCUCCCAGCUACCGCCAACAUACUGAAUCAUUUCGACAGAUUCCACGAGCUAAUUGGCAUGGUAUUGGGAAACGAAGCACGUUCAGACGGGGAGCUCCGAGGCCCUUACCGACCCCCGGGACAGUGAGCCAUACGACGAGACGUUCGCGCAUGAGGACAAUCAAGAAGCAGUUGAGAGAACCACCUAGUUCUUCAAAACUGAGAGUGUCUGCGUACUGUACGUGCGACCAGCUGCAACUGUUCAAGCUGCUCAAGUGGCUCGAGAGGGUCGAAACAGGGCAACUACCGGGAGGAGAGUUGCAUCCUGAUGGAUGGAUGCACAAGAUGUAUAUGGGCGCGAUACAUUCCAGUUGUGUUCCUGGCCCGAAUCUCAAGCCGUAUCAGCAAAAGGACGCUUUCUACUUUGCAACGGGGUGUGCAGUUUUCUGGGGAUUGACGAGAGCCGAGGAGCAAGCGCAUCUGAUGGCACUUGGAGCGUUCUCGGUGGGCCCAGUGAAACAGGUGGAGGUGGAGGACAUGGACUACAUGUAUGGCGAUUCAAGUAUCAUUCACAACGAUGCUAUCACGCUCAGCAGUAACCGUGCGUCUGAGAAGCUGGCGGUGUCCUUCGCCAUGGCACAGUCAUCGAAGCUGGACGUUUUUGAGGAGCGCGUGGAGGAAACCAUUCGCGAGACGAAGCAUGUGCCGCAGAACCUUGCGGUGACAGGGUCGAUUCAGUAUUCCCAGGGCGACAUUUCAAAGCUCAUUGGUCGGUUAUUUAUCGAGCGAAGCGAUGUUAAUUUGAAUUCGGAUAUGCUGGAUGAGCCGGACUUUUUCUGGGAAGAUGAUGAGUACGAGCCGUUGUACAAGAAAGUAAUGAAGUACCUGAACGUGGACAAUCGUGUCCAGAUUCUCAACACGCGUUUGGACAUUCUCCGUGAGCUGUUGGACGUGCUCAGCCAGCAGCUUGCGCACCAGCAUGACACAAAACUGGAAAUGAUCGUAAUUUGGCUUAUUGUCGCAGAGGUUGCCGUGCAAGUCGUGUGGAAUAUUCUUGUAAAGGACAUUCUUGGUUUUUUUCCGCGCUCAGACACGGAAUAG